GAGCCAAAGAUAUGGGCGUUCCUCGUGGCCGGUUCGAGCGGUUUUUACAACUACCGUCACCAAGCGGAUAUCUGCCACGCGUACCACGUGCUGCAUAACCACGGAAUUCCCGACGAGCGUAUUGUUGUCAUGAUGAAAGACGACAUCGCCCACAACAAGAAGAACCCGACGCCCGGAGUAAUUAUCAACCACCCGCAAGGUCCUAACGUCUACAAAGGUGUUCCCAAAGACUACAGCGGAGAACUCGUAACAUCAAAGAAUUUUCUCGACAUUCUUCAAGGCAAGAAAGUUAAAGGCGGAAGUGGAAAAGUUAUCACUAGUGGACCCCACGACCAUAUUUUCAUCAACUUUGCUGGUCACGGUGCGCCAGGCUUUCUCGUCUUUCCAAAGGAUCUGCUGUUUGCUACAGAAUUCAAUAAAGUCAUCAAGAAGAUUCAUACAGACAAAAAAUUCGCAAACAUGGUCAUCUAUAUUGAAGCUUGCCAGUCUGGCUCAAUGUUCGAAGAUCAUCUGCCUGAUAACGUAAAUGUCUACGCUACGACGGCAGCGAACUCUGCCGAGUUUACGUGGGCUUGCUACCUCGACGAAAAGCGCCACACGUACCUUGGCGACUGCUACAGCGUCAACUGGAUGGAGGACGCCGACAAGGCAGACUUGCACAAGGAAACAGUCAUCGAACAAUACGAGGUGGUCAAGAAUGGGACUAGCAUGAGUCAUGUCCAGCAGUUUGGUGACAGCAGUGUUGGGGAGCUGACGUUGAAAAAUUUUCUGGGUUACAAGAAGCUCGAGGCAAUCAGGUACGCCACGGUGCCUCAAAAUCCAGUGCUUAGCCGUGACGUUCCUGUAACUAUUUUUCUUAAGCAGAUGGAGAUGACAAGGGACGGUGCAACAAAAAAAUAUUUAGCAAAAAAGCUGCAAGAAUUGAUUCGCGACAGGAAUUUUGUUGUGGAAAAGGUUACCAAUAUUACCAGCUUCGUGUCCACCGGAAACACUGAAAACGCUACUUUACUUCUGAGUGAUCAUCGCCAACUGAGGAACGUUAGUUGUUACGAACAGGUGGUGCGGCACUUUAAUGAGUAUUGCUUCUCACUUUCGCUCAACGCAUACGUCCUCAGUUACGCUCACGUGUUGGUCAACAUGUGCGAGUCUGGCUACGACUUCGACAGCGUCAGCCGCGCCAUGGACCUGGCGUGCACUCAUCCACCGGUAGUUGGCAUUGUUUGA